UUUCUUUAUCACUAUUUUCCUUUCCAGAACCAAUUAGCAGCAGGAUGAACAGAAUCAUUCAUCUGUGCUUGGCCUUGAUAGUGUUUUCCCUCGUCAGCCAUGGUCACCAUGAUGUCGAUCAUCACCACAAUCAUCAUGACCUUCAAACUGCUAUCAAGAUCCAGAGCAAUAUUGCUCAUUUUGCAACUGAAUUCUACAAAAUAUUGUCUGCAAGAUCACAGGACAAGAAUAUUGUUUUCUCACCCUGCAGCAUUUUUAUAUUGCUUUCCGCUCUGUUGUUAGGGUCAAAAUCAAACACCCAUGCAGAGAUUUUAAAGGGCCUUGAUUUCAACUUGACACACAUUCAGGAAGAUGAGAUCCACCAGGGGUUUCAUGAUCUUCUCCAUCUGCUCACACACUCAGAGAAGGAUUUCAAGCUGGAUAUUGGACAGGACCUAUUUCUAAAGGAAGACAUACAACCAUUGCAGACAUUUUUAGAUAAGAUUAAGGAAUUCUAUGAUGCAGAAAUCCAAGCUGCAAAGUUUCAGGAACCAAAAGAAGCUGAAAAACAGAUCAAUGAUUAUAUGAAGCAAAAAACAAAUGGAAAAAUUGUGGAAAUAGUCAAGGAUCUUGACCCAGAAACUGUCUUUGUUCUCACAAACUACAUAUUCUUUAAAGGCAACUGGAAGACUCCAUUUGAUUCAAAGCUCACAUGGCAAGAGGACUUCUUUGUGGAUCACAACACAACUGUCAAAGUUCAAAUGAUGCACAGGACCGGUUGGUUUUACUCCUAUUUUGAUAGCCAGCUGUCUUGCAGAGUAUUGCAGAUAGACUACAAUGGUACAGCUACCACAUUUUUUGUUUUGCCUGAUCCUAAAAAAGAGAAGGAAUUGGACGAGGCUCUGUCAAUAAAUACUCUGACGAAAUGGGCACAAAAUGUACACAGGGGUGUAGCAAUGGUCUCCAUCCCCAAGUUUAGUAUUUCAGCCACCUACAGCUUAAAGGAACCCCUCUCCCAGCUUGGCAUUACUGAAAUCUUUACUGACCACGCUGAUUUCUCUGGAGUCACCAGGCAGCCUUUGAAAUUGUCUAAAGUUACCCACAAAGCUGUGUUGACUGUUGAUGAAAGUGGAACUGAGGCAGCAGGAGCCACUGCUGCAGAAGGCAUUCCUAUGUCAUUGCCUCUAAACAUUAAUUUUAACAGGCCUUUUAUACUCGUAAUUUUUGAGACAAUGGCCAAUGCUACAUUACUUUUGGCCAAGAUAAAAAACCCAAUACAACUAUAAAAAAAACAACAAAAUCCCAGAGUGCAUUGGAUUUUGAAUACAGUUCAAAAAUAAAGUAUCAUUGGAACAUGAA